CUCGGCGAAGUGUCACGAGCCCCUAGCAGCCGUUUGAGUGGUCCGCGCACCACCCGGAAGUGGAGUGGGAGGGCGGUUCCUCGGCUGGCGGAAGGGAUGGCAGAGCCCCGGCGCUGGACGCAUCUAGAGAGCGGCUGGAGCCGCGCGGCGCCCGUUGUCCGCCGCUUUCGGCUGGGAGUGGCAGAGUGAUGUGACUGGGUCGCUCGCCCGGCCUCCCGCCUCUUUCAGUGUCUUCCCGGCGGAGGAAGGAGCUCCCAUGAAGAAGCAACUCCAAAAUAGGUACAGAGCAUGGAGAAUGAUGAACUUCCGCCAGAGGAUGGGAUGGAUUGGUGUGGGAUUAUAUCUAAUAGCGAGUGCAGCUGCCUUUUACUACGUUUUCGAAAUCAAUGAGACUUAUAACAGACUGGCACUGGAACAUAUUCAGCAACCCCCUGAAAAACUCAGAGAUGAAAGCACCUGGAUGCACUCCUUAAAAACGCGACUGCUGUCCUUGCCUUUUUGGCUGUGGGCCAUUAUCUUUUUAGUCCCCUAUUUACAGAUGUUCUUGUUCCUUUACUCCUGUACCAGAGCUGAUCCUAAAACAGUGGGCUAUUGCAUCAUUCCUAUAUGCUUGGCUGUCGUUUGCAAUCGUCACCAAACAUUUGUGAAGGCCUCCAAUCAAAUCAGCAGACUGCAGUUGAUUGACACUUAAAAUCAUUCUGAAUUUUCUCAUGAGCUGUUUUAGAUAAUCAUGAAGAUGCUUGGCUGUGUCAACUAAGCAUGUGAAUAGAACUUGGGAGUCUUUUUGUGUAAGCGUUAACUACUGAGUAGAGCAUCUGCCUUCUAUUUUUAAAAAGAAGUUGAUUUUAAAUAUGGCUAAUUUAUACUUUGUAGAAUGACGGGGCCCUCUGAGACUUGAGAGGGGCAUUGUUCAUAUUGCCUUACGACACAGAAUUUCUACACUCCAUCUGAAUUUUUUGUGAGGAAACCUUAAUUCACUGUGCACAUGAUGCUCCAUUCUUUUGAUCCUACAUAUAAGAGGAGAAUCAAUGAAAAAGGACUUUUCCUUUGUACUAUUGUAUAAAGUUUUGAAUGAUUACAGAAGCUGGCAUAUAAGACAUGACUGUGCUUUCUCCUUCAACAGUGUUGCACUCAAUAAAUCAGGGCUCCAUUCACAACACAUGACUAAAUGAAAAUAAAGCCUUUGUUACUCUUCAUGCUA